CUGUGGUAGUGGAAGGGGGCAGAUCCGUGGAGCAGAUACGAGCGACUCAUACACACACACACCCCUCGGGCUUUUUUCCAGCUGCUCCAAGUGGAAGAAGAAGAGGAGGAAGAAGAGGAGGAGGAGGAGAGAUAAACAUCCAUCAUGGUGACUAAAAACAGAAAACAGACCGGGAAGAGUGCAUCGACCCCGGCUGACCGAGACAAGAGCCCUCUCCUCUCCCCUCCUGGUAAAAGUAGCACCAGACGACCAGGCAGCAGAGAUGGCAAAGCUCACAGUAGCUCCCAUUCAAACGGGCUCUCCGGUAUCAGACACAAGCUGGGGCUCACUCCCUCCGCCGUGGCCAAGCUGGGACUCACUCUCCUCCUCGCUGCUCUAUCUGGAUAUUUCCACUGGUACCAUAUUACGCAGCUCUUUGAGAAUGACAGACACUUUUCACACUUGUCCAACCUGGAGAAGGAAAUGGCUUUUCGGACAGAAAUGGGUCUGUACUAUUCUUACUACAAGACCCUUAUUGAAGCUCCCUCUUUCCUGAAUGGCCUCCACAUGGUCAUGAAUGAUCGUCUGACAGAAUAUCCGCUGGUUAUAAACACACUGAAGAGAUUCAAUCUCUAUCCAGAGGUGGUCCUGGCCAGCUGGUACCGCAUGUACACAGGUGUAAUGGGUUAUUUAGGGAUUCCCACAAAGAUGUGCUGGUCCAUCAACAGAGGAGAGGGACUCACGCCUGUGGACAGUUGUGAAGGGAUGGGUGACCCGGCGUAUUUCUAUGUGACCUGUGUGUUCCUGCUGAACGGCGCCAUGAUGAGCCUGUUCUUCAUGUACGGUGCCUAUCUCAGUGGCAGUCGGCUGGGCGGCAUCGUUACCACAAUGUGUUUUUUCUUCAAUCAUGGUGAGAGCACUCGUGUGAUGUGGACUCCGCCUCUGAGGGAGAGCUUUGCGUACCCCUUCCUUGUCCUGCAGAUGCUGCUUCUCACCUACAUCCUGCGGACACGGAACCCGAGCAGGACAGCCAUGGUUGCCCUGGGCAUCUCCAAUUUGUGCUUUAUGCUGCCUUGGCAGUUUGCCCAGUUCGUGUUGCUCACUCAGGUGGCUUCUCUGUUUGCGUCGUACAUCCUGGGUUACCUCUGCGCCGCGAAGAUGCAGUCGAUCCUGGUCACUCAUAUGAUCACACUCGCUGUCUGCUUCAUCCUGAUGUUUGGCAACUCCAUGCUCCUCACGUCCUUCUACGCCUCUUCGCUCGUCUCCAUCUGGGGAAUCAUUGCAUUGAGGGAUCGAUUUGCUCAAUUCUUCAAACCUGGCAUCGUCACCUGGGUCAUGCAGGUUGUGGCUUGGGUCGGCUCCACCGUUCUGUUCAAAUUCAUGCUGUCCACAAUCCUCGGUGUCUCCGAUGAUGCUCACAUCAGUGGACUAAUCAAGUCUAAGUUCACCAGCUACAAGGAUUUCCACACUCUGAUGUACACGUGUGCUGCAGAGUUCGACUUCAUGGAAUUGGAGACUCCUGUACGUUACAUCAAAACAUUACUGCUGCCCAUCAACAUGCUGGUGGUUGCUCUCAUUGCUUGGAGGACUGUGCAGGAUAUCGUCAGAUUCCUGAGGGACGACAGGAAGGCGUCUGUCAAGACUGACGAUGUGGAUGAAGCCGCAGGGCCUGAAAUAGUCGCAAAAGGAGAGCUGGUGUAUCACAGCCUGCAGCUGGUGGCGUUCGCCGUCCUGGCCGUCCUCAUCAUGCGUCUGAAGCUCUUCCUCACACCGCACAUGUGCAUCAUGGCCUCGCUGAUCUGCUCCAAACAGUUGUUCGGCUGGAUCGGGGAGAAGUUUAAGCACCAGGUUGCAGUGUUUGCUGUCAUGGCCAUCAUGGCUGUACAGGGAGUGGCCAACCUGCAGGCACAAUGGGCGAUCAUUGGUGAGUUCAGCAACCUGCCGCAGGAGGAGCUGCUGGACUGGAUCCAGGACAACACCCGCCCAGAUUCUGUGUUUGCUGGAGCCAUGCCCACCAUGGCCAGUGUGAAGCUGUCCGCAGGUCGACCCAUCGUCAACCACCCUCACUAUGAAGACGCUGGUCUGAGGGAGAGAACCCAGCUGGUCUACUCCAUGUACAGCCGCAUGUCUGGAGAAACCGUAAAGAGGAACCUGAUGAAGCUCGGUGUAGACUUCUUCAUCCUGGAGGAUUCGUGGUGCACCAGGCGAACCAGACCCGGGUGCAGCAUGCCAGAGAUCUGGGAUAUCGAGGAUCCCCAAAAUGUUGGUAAAGUUCCUCUCUGCACCCACAUGUCCAGGAACUCACGGCCUCACUUCACCACAGUCUUUUCCAAUGACAUUUACAAAGUUCUCAAAGUCCCCAAAGUAACCAAAGAUCUCAGAUAACAGCGUGGGAUGGACUGCUUCAGCACCAAACUUCUUCUUUUUUUCUUUUUUAUAUGUUUUUUUGUUUUUUUGUCUGUCACUGCCGUUGCUGCUUUUUACUUCUCAAAACUCAAACACACAUCGUUCCCCCUUUUGUCUUUUCUUUUUUUGCUCUGCCCUAUUUCACAUGGCGGUGGACUAAUAUCAAUCGGACAUGCCAAAACAAGUUAAGAGUGUCUGCACUCUUGUUGCCAUAACAGUUCUCAGUAUUUGUAACUUAAAGAAACCCCUGAUUCACCAUGUUUUUUGCCAAUCCUCCUUAUUGCUACAUCUCCUCCUGUUCCCAUUAUGCUCCAGCUGGUGCCCAAGUAAAGGCCAAGUUAUUGUAGCUCUUCAUGUAGCUCGCUGCAUUGGUUCUGUUACCAAGAAUCUCCGUUUUAAGCAACAUUGUGCCCUAAGAGAUGCUGUUCCUACAUGAGUGUUAUUUUUUAUUACUGUUUAGAAUCAAUUUUUUCUGUGAUUUAAGCUUAAAGGGUACGUAUCAUGCACACGUAUCGUGGUCUGUAUUUGUUAUUCUGGGACUCCACUGGAAUAUCUUUGCAUAAUUAACAGUUUAAAAGACCAAUUGAUGUUGUGCUGGCUCUCAGAUCAGCCUUUAUCUGAAACCACUAUGUUCUGAUUGUGCAGCUCUCAGAAGCUGCCCUUCUUCAUAUUACUUCUCUUUCUUGUUUUUUGUUUUGUUUUUUUACUCUAAAUAUAAACUUCUCAAAUACAUAUGUACAUGCUCGAGCCUAAAUCGCAUCAGAAAUAUGUGAGUGGAAAAUGUGAACAACCCAUUGGACAACUUUAGCAACAAAGGCGACGAAACAGAGGUCCGUUUGUGAGUUUGGGCCACAAUGCUGACUUCAGUUUGAUGUGGACGUAAGGGUAACUUUUCAAACAGCGUAAUUACAGCAUCAAAAUAACAUAAAUAAUCACAAUAAGAUGAUAUGAUGAUAUAUGAUAUGUCCCCUCUAAGUAGUAUGUUUUGUCUGGCAGGACCAAUCCACGAUGUCCACAUACUGUGAAGCAAUACCCUUUGCAAACAUGACAAAAGCCGACUUCUUCUCUUGUUAUACACAGUGUCGUCCUCCUAAAAAAAAAGAAGAAGAUUUUUCAGUAGUGUACUAUUUUUAUAAUUUAUUUGUGUGAGUAUUUUUUUAUGCAAACUUCAAAGUGUUGAGACUUUUUUCUUUCGAAGCAAACAGUGUUUUAAGAGUCUUGGGAAUCACAGGGUAAAUUCCUGUUCAUGUGUCCAUAAGCUUUUAAAAAUAGUUUUCUUUCAUAUUUUUCCAGUAUUGGCGUCGUCUAGAUUGAAUUCAUUCAAUCCAGAAUGAGAUGUUUCUUACUUCUAUUAUACUUUGAAAAUAAGAGUUUCUUUAUGUCGAACCAUUUCCCGUUUAUGAAUUUAAAACUUUUUCAGCUUUAUGUUGAAAGUGGAUUUCCUCCCCAGCUGUGCCCUGUAACAACGUUUUGUGUAAAUACCCAAACAAAUGUUUUGUAAAAUACCAAUGUGUACCUUUUAAGAGGUUCUUUGUGUUUCUUUAAUUAAUGUCUUUUUUUGCCAAAGGAUAUCUGAUAUUAAAGCUGUGUAUUGGCUUA